AUUAGAGACGGGAAAACGCGUCUAUCAUGCGCCUAGCUGGUGUUUGCCAGUGGUCAAUACGUACUGGAUGACAGCGUUGGUUUGGGUCGAAAGUUUGAUGGAAUUGGCGGUCUCAGUGCUGGCGCUGUAAGGAUAUCGACUUCCCUAGAUGGUUUUUGCAAUUGGGCGUUUGCAUUUCCUAUGCGGUUAAUAAAGUUUAGUGUACUUACUAUAUAUCUACUCUAGAUGUACUUGUGGUUGUAACUAAAAUCGUUCUUUGUUAAUUGUGAUUAAGCUCUAGUGAGUAUAUUGAUUUACUAAAUUAUUUUUAAUUAUGUCAAGUCUUCACGUCUAUUAUCUAAUUACCCACAAGAGCAGCUUGGUCAAAUUCUUGAUUAUUUGUUCAAACCAAAUUUUGGAGCUGCCCUGCAGAUUCUAAAAGUGGAAAUAGGAGGUGAUGCUCAGAGCACAGAUGGAACUGAAUCAUCUCACAUGCACAGUCGCGAUGAGGAAAACUACCAGACGGGAUAUGAGUGGAUGCUUAUGGUGGAAGCAAAGAAGAGAAAUCCUAACAUCAAGUUGUAUGGUUUGUCAUGGGGUUUUCCAGCAUGGGUUGGCAAUGGAUCUGGCAGUCCAUAUAAGUUUCCCAAUCAGACUGCUGAGUACGUUGUUAAAUGGGUACUUGGUGCAAAGAAGUAUUAUAAUUUGGACAUUGACUAUGUUGGGAUUUGGAAUGAACGUAGUUAUGACUCUACAUACAUCAAGGUGUUGCGUCAUCUUUUGGAUGAGAAUGGGUUACAGCACACACGUAUUGUUGCUCAUGAUGGUGGUUGGGAUAUUGCGGGUGAUAUACUGAAAGAUCCCGACCUUGCCAACGCCGUUGACAUUAUUGGUGCACAUUAUCCAGGAACGACUAGUUCAUCAGAUGCUGCAAUGACUGGCAAACAGUUGUGGGCAAGUGAAGACUACAGCACAUACAAUGACCUGACAGGCGGAGGCUGUUGGGCCAGAUUGUUGAAUCAGAACUACAUCAAUGGCAACAUGACAAGCACAAUCACCUGGAAUUUAAUUGCCAGCUAUUAUUCAGGUCUUCCUUUUUACCGAGAUGGUCUCAUGACAGCAGCCCAUCCUUGGACUGGUCACUAUGAUGUGGAAAGUCCUAUCUGGGGUUCAGCACACACAACACAGUUUACGCAACUUGGAUGGUCAUAUCUAAAGCAUGGAUAUGGUGUUGGCCACCUUGAAAAAGGAGGAAGUUAUGUUACUCUCAUUUCACCAGACAAGAAGGAUUGCACUAUUGUUAUAGAGACAAUGAGUCAUGACCACUCUGUGUGUGUUCGACCAAGACUGCCACCUUAUAGUGUUGCCAAUCAGACAGCCAAUUUUGAACUGAAGGGCAGUUUGGCAAAUAUCAAAAUUUUGCACAUGUGGAGAACACACCAUGACUUCACUGGCAAUGGCACAAACUAUUUUGAACAGACGAGUGACAUUGAGGUUGCAAGAGGGAAAUUCACUAUAUCCCUAGAUGUUGAUAGUAUUUGGACGCUCAGCACAACAACUGGUCAGAAGAAAGGCAACUACUCCAAUGUCCCAAAUCCUGCACCAUUUCCUGUACCAUAUCAUGAUGACUUUGAUUCUUAUGCUGAGUAUAGUGAAGCAGCAAAUUUUGCUGACCAAAGUGGUGUAUUUGAGAUUUACGAUACCAAAUCAUCUCAUGGCAAGGUGAUGCGUCAGGUUGUAUUGGAGCGACCAAUAACGUGGUGUAACGAUGCGAACCAACCAAUCAGUCUACUAGGAGAUCAAAGCUGGCAAGAUGUGAAUGUGUCAGUGGAAGGAAUGGUCGAGAAGAACACGUCAGUCUUUGUUGCUGCUCGUGUUCAUACUGGAGGUUGUGGAAUAGCUGGUACAGAUGGCUUCUUCCUCUGGUUGAGUUCUGAUGGUCCAUUUACUAUAACAUCAGACCUGGCUGGUAAGAAAGUUCUCAGUAAAGGGGAUGGGCAUGGCAAGGCAGGCCAGUGGUUCACACUGUUUAUACAUGUGCUGAAACAGACAGCCAUAGCAAUGAUUAAUGGAGAAAUAGUUUACCAGACAGACAGCUUCACUGGCAGCAGUAGUGGUUGGGCAGCUAUUGGAACAUCAUCAUUCGACUAUGCUCAGUUUGACAACUUUUAUGUGAAUUCAAGUGCUCUACCAUGCUUAUCUCAGCCCUCUGCUGGUCAGAGUGUAGUAAUGAGUGCCAGGUCAACUAUCAAGAUGUGGCAAAUGAACGCUGAUGGCACUAUUCAGCUAGUCAAUACAUCAUUCUGUCUUGAUGUUAGUGGUAAGACAUCUGCUGGAGGGUUAAAUGUUGUCAUUGAAAAAUGUCAAUCUGGUUCCUCAACUCAAACAUAUUUGUAUGAAAAGGCUCGUAUGUUGCUGAAACUUAAGCAAAGCAACAACUGUUUGGAGAUUAUGAACAUGGACACAAGUGAAGGUGCAGAAGUGGAGUUGUGGCCUUGCAAUGGUGGUGCCAAUCAGCAGUGGCUUAUCCCAUCUGGACCUGGUCUUAUCAACAUUCAAUUGGAUAACACAUACCUUGCAGUAUGCCAUUAAUAUCUCAUUUGGGAAUUGUAUUAUCUAUCUUCAUGCAUUUGUGUAUCAGC